CUGUGCUUGGCAGAGCGGUUCCCAGUUAUCGUUCUUUGUCAAACCGUCGAAGCAGAACACUUCGCCCAUCAUUUCUGUUUCUCGCUUCGGUUUCACCACCACAACCACAGCGAUUGUGCAAAGGUCGCGAACAGUACUCCAAGGAGUUGGUUUUGUCGCAAACAGACGCAUCGUGUGGUGCAGCACAGUCCCAGCCGCCAUGCGGUCGUGAGACUCACUUCCGACUACUCAAGGGAGAGCAGCAGGCAUUGUGUUGUAACCGACAGCUGUGGUUUGUGUCAUCGAAUGAAAACAUGUGCUGCACAACCUCAACACGCAAGAAAUGUUUUUACGCAGUCUUAAUUGUCACGGACAUUAUAGACCUUCUCAGCGAUUGGCUGUUUUACUAUGACCUUAAGGUCACAGAAAAAGGCCUGGUGUACGGUCCACCGGAAGAGGCGACUCUCAAAGCCCUACUUGCCUUCUGCAUCGUCGGAACAGCCGUGUUUGUGUUUGAUGCUUUGGUUCUGGGCUGUACCCUGUUCAGGAAGAACUGCCUGUUGAACACGGACUGGGUGUCGCUGCUGGCAGUCAUGCUGGGGGAUCUGCCGCAGAUGAGCAUCAACGUCUACAUCGCCUACUGCCGGGAAGAGCCCAUCAGCUACUUCCAGCUAGUAAAGGCUUCUGUUGUCAUGGCGGCUAUCCUCGUGCGCAUCUUCAUCGCGGUGGUCCAGUGCCGUCGACACACGAAGAAGACGAGCAUUUCCAAGGGAGCUAAGUGCGUGAAGGGGACGCUAGUUGCCGUUCUUAUCCUCAACCUGGCGCUGGCCACCUGCGUGUUUGUCUUCACGCAGACCAAGCGGCAUGUGAACGGGGAACUGGUCUUCAGUGUUCCCGAAAAUGUUAUCGAUGACAAGUACGAUGACCUGCGCUACUUCGAGAAUGUGAGCGUGUUCUUCCACCACCCCUACUACGGGAGCAAGGCCCACUGGGUGCAUGUCAUGUCCAUCAAUGACAUUCGCGGCCAGCAGGACAUCUCUAUGUCUUUCAUCUACAGAUACGAGAAGAAUGCCACGCACCUCAUGUUCGCCUUAUGGGUACAGAAGCUGCCAAAGUGGAGGGCAAGCGCAAAGGACUACAGACCGCCGGAAUGUUACGAGAUGGACAUGGAGACGAGGGUCAUUAGCGCUGUCAACACGGUCUUGUGUCAAAGGUCACUUUUCAUCGCACCGACCAGCGUGUACGCCACGUUUCAGUUCACCCCACCAGGCUUCAUUUUCCGGCGAAAGAUCUUUGGCGACAUCCAGUACAACUUUAAGGUCAAGGUUAACGGUACGUGCGACUUCGUCGACAUCAUGGCAGAUCGCGAGGGUCCCGUGAACCAGCCGACUAUCCACUACUACCGCCUCAACAACACCCUCGCCAACUACACAUCGCACCACCUGCUGCUGGAGGACGGGCAGCCGCACUUCUUCCGCUCAGACCAGCGCCACCUUGUGGACAUCGCCGGGGUCUGGCGCACGGGCUUUGGGCACUGCGAGAGUUUGGGUAACCUGGCCCCCACCAUCAACCGAGCCAUCGCGAUCGACUGCGACGAAUGGUGACGAGUGUCGUCGGAAGGUGGUAGCUGGGGGAGGGGAUUGAGGGGAGGAAGGAGUAAGGCGUGAAGAGAAGACUGUAAGAAAUCCUGGGUUCGGAUGCUUGAUGGUUCAUGCGACCAUGAAAAUGUUCACAAUGGACAUAAACAAUUUAUGAGUGCAAUUAUGAAUGGAGUACUGAUGUUUUACGUUGACGCACAGCGAGAUGAGCUGAGUCACCGUGGCUCCCAUCACGUGUGAACAUACACAGCCACACAAAAAUGCGCGCACACACACACACACACACAAACACACACACAAACACACACACAAACACACAGACGAACUCACGCGCACACAGACGCACACUAUGGACUAUGGGCGAGUGUAUAAUGCACCUACCUUUCGUGCGAGCGUGUAGGACGCCCCCUAGUGGCAUUGCUGCUGGUAUUACAUCACUGCAGGUCCAGUAACAUUGUUGCACGAGCUUUAAAAGUUAAUUUCUUGCUUACCUGGCUUGUGAUUCACGUGUAAGUCCCAAGUACUGUAGAAGAUUGUAUUCCUUUGCACGUGCCAAAGACUUCAGAGAACAAACAAUUCUUCAGGAAAUUUUAUUUUUUGAGUUUAAAUUUUAAACGUUUAUCUUAAACGUAUUAUGUUGAGCUUUUAUCUUAUUUUAUAAACUCUGGAUCUGCACAACCACUUUACCUGUAAAAUACGAUUUCUUUAUUUUCCUUUUUAACACCUGUAAGCUUUUGUGCUGUAUGUCAACGUGCAUUCUGUACACACAGCUUUACACUUACUGCACGAGAAUUUGUAGCAACUAGAGUAGGAAGACAUCUUUGUUCCUUAGCAGCAUGGAAGUGUCAGGGUUCUUGAGAAAGGGAUUCAUUUGUGUCGUUCUUUAUUCAAUGUCCUCCUUAUGAACGAGUCGGGGUGGGGAGGGGCAGUGGCCUGUGCGUUUGUCAGUUUGCUAGUCGUGGUAGCUGUGUGAGAAUAAACUGAUCAAGGAA